GGAGCAGACGGUGUAUAUAAGGACCCCGGUGCUCGCUGCCUCUUCACCCGUUCAUCCGGAGCCAGCAGCGGCUAAAGUUCCCCCACCGACAGCCGGAGACCAGCAGAGAAGCUGCAGACAUGUGUGACGACGAUGAGACCACCGCCCUCGUCUGUGACAACGGCUCCGGCCUGGUGAAGGCCGGCUUCGCCGGAGACGAUGCCCCCAGGGCCGUGUUCCCCUCCAUCGUCGGCCGACCCCGUCACCAGGGCGUGAUGGUCGGUAUGGGGCAGAAGGACUCCUACGUGGGCGACGAGGCCCAGAGCAAGAGGGGCAUCCUGACCCUGAAGUACCCCAUCGAGCACGGCAUCAUCACCAACUGGGACGACAUGGAGAAGAUCUGGCACCACACCUUCUACAACGAGCUGCGCGUGGCCCCCGAGGAGCACCCGACCCUGCUGACGGAGGCCCCGCUCAACCCCAAAGCCAACAGGGAGAAGAUGACGCAGAUCAUGUUCGAGACCUUCAACGUCCCCGCCAUGUACGUGGCCAUCCAGGCCGUGCUGUCCCUCUACGCCUCGGGCCGCACCACCGGUGAGCCG